GGGAGACCGGAUAUCGUGAAUGCCGGGUCCGGGGAGACCGGAUAUCGUGAAUGCCGGGUCCGGGGAGACCGGAUAUCGUGAAUGCCGGGUCCGGGGAGACCGGAUAUCGUGAAUGCCGGGUCCGGGGAGACCGGAUAUCGUGAAUGCCGGGUCCGGGGAGACCGGAUAUCGUGAAUGCCGGGUCCGGGGAGACCGGAUAUCGUGAAUGCCGGGGUCCGGGGAGAGCGGAUAUAGUGAAUGCAGGGUCCGGGGAGACCAGAUAUCGUGAAUGCCGGGUCCGGGGAGACCGGAUAUAGUGAAUGCCGGGUCCGGGGAGA